CAGCCGGAGCGAGCAGCUCUGGUGUUUGUUAGUGGUGUGUGUGUGGGUCUCCUUCUCACCCUCUGCGCCCUGGUGGUCCAGAUACACUGUCGCACCGACUGUCACUACAGUAACGGACGGCGACAUCACCAUCAGCAUAGAAACAAGACUCAUCACCAUCACCAUAGGGACCAUCACUGUCACCACCAUCACCAACCUGGCAACCCUAAUACAGGCAACCCUGGUGUAACCACAGAGACGAGCGAAGACAGCGACUCAGAGGACUGGGACGACAGGAACUCUGACCUCACGGCUCGACGACGAAGGCGCUUUGAGAGAACGCUGCUGCAAACCAGCGUUUUCACCUCCGCAGAAGGUAACACACACACUGCGUUGGAAACAUUUGAAGUACUUUGUUGUUUUUUGUGGUUAAGUGUACAGUUUAUUAUUAAAAUGUUCUGGAAGCAGUUGAAAUAAAGUUGGUUUUGUUGUGUUUUGUUUUGGCCUGUAGAGUUGGAGCGAGCUCAGAGGGUUGAGGAGAGAGAGAGGAUCAUGCGAGAGAUCUGGAUGAACGGACAGCCUGAUGUCAACACUGUCACACGCAGCCUCAACAGAUACUAC